AUGUCGCGCUCCUCAAGCGACUCAUCUCUCCCCGACGGCCCAUAUCGUCGACGUCGCCAGCACGUCGAGCACAAGAAGCGUCGUCCCAGCUACUCUGAACUUUCUAGCCUUCCAGAUGACUUCAAAAUGUUUCAACCGUUUAAGCGCCACCGGUUUGUUGACCACCCCGAUACCUUCGAAACCAUGGAUUUUGAGCAGACCCUGGCCCGUCCGGCUUUCUUCAUCAUUAAGGAGGGAAACUCCGGCCCCGGCUCGUCCGGCUUCGGACAGGUAAUGGUCGAAAACUCCGUCGCGGCCCACCACCGCACCGAAUCUACGAUGCGGCCUGGCUCUUUUCAACACUACAGGGUGCGGUCGGACUCACCCGCUAUGAGCCGUCCUACUCACGCCGAUCAAGCCCACGAUGAGGCGGCCAAGCUUGUCGCGGCUGACCUAGCAGACCCUCGCCGGAGGAGCAGGGUCUCCCAGCACGAGCGAAUCCUCAGGAGCCUCAUCUGUCCCAAGUCGCCCGAGGCCGAGUUUGACAUAGACGAUGUCGCCCUGCAGGGCAUCUUCUACGCGGCUAACGAAAUCUUCUUCCACGGAAAGCUUAAGGGUCGUGUCGCAUGGGCAUGGAGAGACUUACCCAGCUGCCUCAUCGGCACCACCGCACUGAGGAGGUCACCACUGACCGAUGGCUACGAGACGCUCAUAUUCCUGUCGCGACGCAUUCUCAAGGACAAGAAGUAUAACAGGCGUCUGCUCAUCUCGACCUUCAUCCAUGAGCUCAUCCAUAGUUACCUAUUCGUCUUUUGCGGGUUUCAAUCUAAGGAGUGCGGCGGCCACACUAAAGGAUUCCAACGCAUCGCCAACCUCAUCGACGAGUGGGCUGGCCCAGACCUCCUAUAUCUCCACAACAUUGAAGCCAAGCUUAGCGACUUCGAGACUAAAGCCGCGGCUCUACCUAAGGAUUCGGAUUUCGAUAGCUGGGGCGCACCGUGGUCACACAACCUUACUACCGGAGACUACAUCUUCCCGAGCCGUCACCAAUGCGGGUUGUCGUCUGCGGCUCUACGUUUACUGGACCGGGACGAUCUAUGA